AUGAGUAGUUGUCCACCACAACCUCCACCUCCUUGCCCACAAACAUGCCCACCUCCUCUACCUCCCCCGCCUUGUUAUGUAAAACCUAUUAUGAGACGUCUUCAUAGGACACAAACUAAGAAAAUCAUAGCACAGGCUCUCUUAGCAUCCAUGUUGGCGGGGAGUUGUGUAUAUUUUUUCAUUGGGGUUCCAAGAAAGGCUAAAUACAGGGAGUAUUAUGCAAAAGGUGAAUUUGAAGACUGGGCAGAUGAAAUGGCAAGAAAAGGAUUAUUCCAAUCUGUACCAAAGGAGUCUCUUAUAGAUAAUCAGCAGAAGAAGAAUAAAUAUAUU